ACUUUCAGGCUUCUCUCCGUCUCCUAAUUCCCCCCCCUCUUCGCCUUCACAUUCACCUAAUUCUGCCUCUCCUUGUGAUUACCGGCUAUUUCGCGGCGUUUCAUCCCGUCACCCGUUCGUUUGGUUGUGUCCCAUCAGCCCUUCCCUUACCUUAUCAUCGUACAAUCGGUCGGCCUGCCUGAGACAUCGAGCCAGUCAAUGAAUGAUGCGGGCAUAUGAGGCAUCGGGGCGUGGCUCUGUCUUCGAUGCUCCCUCCACCUUAACUACAUCCUUUACGAACAGAAUACCCGCUGACACCCCACUGCCGACCGAUCCUACGUCGACUGCAUCAAAUAUCGACCAUGUUCUGUUGGCAGUGCCCCCAGACAAUGGCGGUCUGGUCGGCGCCAGUGGCAACUCCUCCGGUUCGACCGGGAAGGGCAUUCUGAUUGGCGUUCUGUCCGCCUUUGGCUCAGCAGCUGUCGCAGUUCUUGUUCUCGCGAUAUUCUUUUUCUUCAAGUACACCCAGCGUGGUAGAAUUAUUCUCGAUCGCAUCGGCCGGCCCGGUGAAUUCGACGAUGAGCAGGCCUUCUUGCGCGAGGAAGCGGAGGCCAUGGAAACGAUGGACGAUCUGACGCGGUCGGAAUACCUAAGAGCGAAGGCAUUCAUCGAGGCCAACCCGCCCGAGUCCAUGCAAACCGAUAUCUCGCUGUCACAGUUUCUUGCGAUACAAGAAAAAGGAGUCUCCGCCUGGGAGUUUCAACCCGAACUAGAGAUCGCCAAUUGCUUUGUGGAGGGCAGGACCGAGAUCGAGUUCUACGACUCAGAAUGUAGUGUCCAGACCAACUUGCCCGUGCCGAAACAGAAUGACGUCUACUACUGGGAGGCUAAGAUUUUCGAUAAACCGGAGAACACUCUCAUCAGUAUCGGCAUGACUACAAAGCCGUACCCUUUGUUCAAGUUACCAGGUUACCACAAAUCCUCGGUCGCAUAUCAGUCAACGGGCCACAGAAGAUAUAAUCAACCGUUUGCUCCCACGCCUUAUGGCCCCCCGUUGCUUCAGGGCGAUGUCAUUGGUGUUGGAUAUCGACCGCGCUCGGGCACGAUCUUCUUUACACGGAAUGGCAAGAAGCUGGAAGACGUGGCUCAUGGGCAAAAAACGCAGAACUUCUUCCCCACCGUUGGGGCCAAUGGACCCUGCACCGUACAUGUGAACUUUGGGCAGAUGGGAUUCGUCUUCAUUGAGGCCAAUGUCAAGAAAUGGGGUUUGGCGCCGAUGACUGGCAGCCUGGCACCACCGCCUCCGUAUGGGAGUGAACAAGGCAGUAUCCUUCUCGAGUCCGGUCGAGAAAGUGCUGCGCAGAUCUCGCAGCGAGUUUACCAGGACGCCAACAAUGCGCGGACCAGGUCCACGCUCAGAUUUGGGCCAUCCGCCAGUCCGGGUCCCGUGCGCUCUCCGACGGAUAUUUCUCUCGCCCAACUCGCUCACAUUCCCUCCCACGAAGAUGUCGGCGAAGGCUCAAGUCGUACCAAUGCUGGUGAUAAUGAGCAAGCGCCCUUGUUAAAUCCGGACGACCUCGAUCAGGUUCCCCCUCCAGAGUACACGAGCCCGGACGGCAGUCGAAGAGGCAGCGACGAUCUUGGCUUUGAGGAUCAGCCUCCGAUACCCAGCUACGACGCUGCGGUUGGCAACCACCGCAAUGACCAUGGUCCCUACGCGGAAGAAAAUCAUUGAGAGUGACGGGAUCGCUUUUGCCUUCGUUCCAUUCUGUCCAUCCGUAUGCUCUGGUGAGACGGUGGGUCCCGGAUAUGUAUAGGGUCUGGUAGCCAUUGAAUCUG